AUGGAUCCCAAGAACAUCCCCAAGGCCAGUCCUCAGAGCGUCGCUCGGCAGAACAGGAUCAUCGGCCUGGCAGCUGUUGCAGGGGCUACAGCCAUCUACUUUAUGAUCAAAAAGUCUGACGAGACGAACCCUGAUGUGGCCAAGGAAAAGGUGGAAUCAGCUGGCAGCAAGGUAAAGGAAGCAGCUGGAGAUGCAAAGGAUGCAGCUCAGGAGGCAGCAAAUGAUGCCAAAGCCAAGGCCUCCAAUGCUGUGGACGAUGCCAAGGCCAAGGCCUCCAAUGCCGUGGAUGAUGCCAAGAAGAACAUCAGCAAGAAGGUGGACGAAGCGAAACAGAAGGCCGGAGACAAGGUUGAGGAUGCGGGGAAGAGCAUCAAGAAGUAG